CACAACAAACAGUUAACACUCAAACAGUCGCGUGAUAGUGUUCGGCCGAUCAGCGCGUCUUACAAUGUUGUUUGUGGACUAAUCAAAAUAGUACAUACACGAAUUUCACGGCUCUGAAGUGCCGUAGCAAUGGAUAAAAUUAAAAAUAUAUUAUCUACGGAAUCAGUGUCUACCCUUAUAUUUUUUGUGAAUGGCAAAAAGGUAAUUGAAUCCGAGCCCGAUCCAGAAUGGACCCUGCUGUGGUAUUUGAGAAGGAAGUUACAUCUGACUGGCACAAAAUAUGGCUGCGGAGAAGGUGGUUGCGGUGCCUGCACUGUUAUGAUAUCCCAGUACAUCCAACGUGAAAACACAAUCAAACAUAUUGCAGUAAAUGCCUGUUUAAUGCCAGUAUGUGCAGUGCAUGGGUUGGCUGUGACCACCGCCGAAGGAAUUGGUUCAACCCAAGAAAGAUUGCAUCCUGUACAAGAGAGAAUCGCAAAAGCACAUGGUUCACAAUGUGGAUUUUGUACACCAGGAAUUGUAAUGUCAAUGUACACAUUGCUCAGAAGUAAACAAAAAAUUGUGUAUCACGAUAUCGAUACAGCUUUGCAGGGAAACCUUUGCAGAUGCACUGGAUAUAGACCGAUAAUAGAGGGAUUUAAAACAUUUAUCGAAGCAUGGGAAAUUCAAUAUAAUGGAAACAAGAGUAAUGGUCUGUGUGGUAUGGGAAAGGCGUGCUGUCGUAAUAACAAUAAACAGAAUGAGGAGGUUUUAUACGAUAAAUCAGAAUUUACUCCGUACAGUCCCACACAGGAGCCAAUAUUCCCUCCAGAUUUAAAAAUUUCUAAUGUCACUUACUUAAGUAGCUUAGUAUUUCAAGGCAAUAAUGUCAUUUGGGUUCGUCCCACAAAUAUCGCCGACCUUCUUUUACUUAAAAAUGAAUAUCCAGAAGGUAAAAUAGUCGUUGGCAAUACAGAAGUGGGUGUUGAAAUUAAAGUAAAAAAAAUGACCUAUCCUAUCUUAAUAACGCCCUCAAUUAUUGAAGAAUUAAAUUUCAUACGUGUUGGAAAGCAUCAAGUAGAAAUAGGAGCAGCGGUAACUUUGUCUGACUUGAUGAAUUUUCUGGAAACUUUUUUAAAAGAUAAAUCUAUCGAAGGUAAAAUUCUUGAAGCUAUCAAAGAAAUGUUGCAUUGGUUUGCCGGCUCUCAAAUUCGCAAUACUGCAUCAUUAGCAGGAAAUAUAGUGACCGCUAGCCCUAUUUCAGACUUGAAUCCAAUAUUGAUGGCUAGUUCUGCUACAAUUACAGUGAGUAGUCAUGCUCGGGGGGAAAGAAACAUAGUUAUUAAUGAAAAUUUCUUUAAAGGAUAUAGAAAAGUUGCGAUUGAUAGUGAUGAAGUUGUAUUAUAUAUUACAGUGCCAUUUACAAGUACCAAACAAUAUUUCAAAGCUUACAAACAAGCAAAGCGUAGGGAUGAUGAUAUUUCAAUAGUAACAGCCGCUUUUAGUGUCAUAUUUGAUGAGACUGGGCACGUUGUUUCUGAUGCAAAAUUCUGCUUUGGAGGUAUGGGACCAACAACAAUUUGUGCAACUCAAAGUUCAAAUUUAACAAAAGGUCGCAAAUGGGACAAUACAUUACUGCAAUCAAUAUUAGAUUCAUUUAAUGAAGAGCUCACUUUAAACAGUUCAGUUCCAGGAGGAAUGGCUGAAUAUAGGAAAUCACUUUGCUUGAGCCUUUUCUUACGAUUCUAUUUCUACGUACACCAAAAUAAAAAUCUUAACGGAAUAAACAACUAUGCCACACAAUUAUCAGGGAUUGAUUCCAUUCCAGUUAUGCAGCCUCAAAGUUCACAGUGCUUUGAAGUUAGAAACGACUCGAGGAAUCAAUAUGAUGCUGUUGGCAAACCUAUUGUUCAUAUGUCGGCCUUGAAACAGGCUACCGGAGAAGCUAUAUACUGCGACGAUUUACCGAUAAUAGAAGACGAACUUUAUCUAACUUUGGUCUUUAGUUCGGAAGCCCAUGCUAGAAUAAAAAGUGUAGAUACUACCAAGGCAUUAUCAUUACCAGGUGUAGUUGCAUUUUUUGGGGCAUCUGAUAUAUCCGAUAAAUGUAAUAGAUUCGGGCCUAUAGCUAAAGAUGAAGAAAUUUUUUCGAGAGAUAUAGUUACAAGCCGAUCGUGUGUUAUAGGAGCUAUUGUAGCUACAUCAGAAGUGGUUGCCAGAAAAGCAAAAACUCUAGUAUCUGUCUCCUAUGAAAAAUUAGAACCAGUAAUAGUAACUAUAGAAGAUGCCAUAAAGUAUGGUUCGUAUUUCACUAAAGCUCCCAAGAAAAUUUUAAAAGGUGAUACUCAACAGGCCUUUAAAAAGGCAUCUCAUACCACGAGUGGUUAUAUUAGAAUUGGAGCACAGGAACAUUUUUAUUUGGAAACUAUAUCAGCAUACGCUAGGAGAAUAGAAGAUGAAUUGGAAAUAAUUAGUACAUCUCAAAAUCCAGCAGAAAUUGGGCAAUUAGUUUCCAAAGCGUUAAACAUUCCGGUCCACAAAAUUGUUGCAAAAGUUAGGCGACUUGGUGGUGGUUUUGGUGGAAAAGAAACGCGAGCUUCUGUACUAGCACUACCUGUUGCAUUUGCUGCUUAUCGCUUGAAAAAACCUGUUAGAGCCGUUUAUGAUCGAGAUGAAGAUAUGCAAAGCUCUGGUUACAGACAUCCUUGUUUAAUUGAAUACAACGUCGCUUUCGAUGAAAAUGGCAAAAUAGAAGGAGCAUUAUUUAAUGCCUACGUAAAUGCUGGAUUCUCUUUAGAUAUAUCUUGUUCUCUGUUGGAGAGAAUUUGCACGCAUCUGGACAAUUGUUAUCGGAUUCCAAACAUAGAAAUCAACGCUUACCUUUGUAAAACAAACACUCCAUCAAAUACAGCAUUCAGAGGGUUUGGAGCUCCACAGGCCAUGUUUGCGACUGAAGCGAUGAUCCGAGCAGUUGCCGAAACUCUAGGCAAACCCUACGAAGAUAUUGUUAAUUUGAACAUGUAUCAUGAAGGGGAUCUUACCUACUACGAUCAAAAACUUAUUCAUUGUACCAUUCAAAAAUGUUGGGCUGAAUGUAUUGAAACGUCUCGUUAUUAUCAAAGGAAAGAGCAAGUUAGUGAAUUUAAUAGAUUGAAUAGAUGGAAGAAAAAAGGUAUCGCAAUUUUACCAACAAAAUAUGGAAUAUCUUUUCAACUAGACCUGUUGAAUCAAGGCGGCGCCUUACUUAUAGUUUAUACUGACGGAUCUGUUCUGAUAUCUAUAGGUGGCAUAGAAAUGGGACAGGGACUAUUUACCAAAAUGAUUCAAGUCGCUUCACGGGCACUCCAAGUUGAUAUUUCGAAAAUACACAUUAGUGAAAUGGCUACGGAUAAAGUACCGAAUAGCUCACCAACUGCUGCCAGCAUCAGCUCAGAUUUAUACGGGAUGGCAGUAUUGAAUGCUUGCAAUACCUUAAAUGAAAGGUUGCAACCGUUUAAGGAUAAAAAUCCAGAUGGUAACUGGGAAGAUUGGGUAUCUGCCGCGUAUGUAGAUAGGGUUAGUCUUUCUGCUACUGGAUUUUAUGCAGCGCCAGAGAUGGAAUAUAAUCCUGAAACGAAUUCGGGUAGAAUUUUCGAGUACUAUACAUUUGGGGUGGCUUGUUCUGAAGUCUUGGUGGAUUGUCUCACAGGCGACCACCAAGUCCUUCGAACUGAUAUCGUUAUGGAUCUUGGAGAGAGCCUCAAUCCUGCAAUAGAUAUAGGCCAGAUCGAAGGUGCGUUUAUGCAAGGUUAUGGCCUGUUUACCAUGGAAGAGAUGCUAUAUUCACCUGAAGGCGAAAUAUUGUCACGCGGUCCCGGUGCUUAUAAGAUUCCGGCAUUUUCCGACAUACCAAAAGAGCUCAAUGUAUCGCUAUUGAAAGGUGCACCAAAUCCUCGUGCAGUCUAUUCAUCGAAGGCAGUAGGAGAGCCUCCUUUGUUUCUGGCAGCAUCUGUAUUCUUCGCCAUCAGAGAAGCCAUAAAAUCUGCGCGAAUGGAUGCUGGUGCAAAAAGAGAUUUUGUGUUGGAAGCACCUGCAACUUGUGCCAAGAUACGGAUGGCAUGUGAAGACUACAUUACGGAAAUGGUAAAACCGACUAUCAAGAAUGUUGGAAGACCCUGGAACGUGACACCAUAGAGAUUUAAACUUUUUAUAUUUUUGAGAAUAAAUUGCCUAAGGAUCUACAAAGCGUACAUAGACUUUACUCAAGUAAAACUUAGCUGAGUGUAAGCUUAGAGUAAUCUUUGAUUUAGUUUUUAUAGUAUUUUGACAGCUAAAAUUAUGUUGAGUUUAAGCUAUGACAGCCAAAUACAAAGGGCAAGUUCGCGUUUUAUUACACACAGCCAAGUUUUACCCAAGUAAAGUCUGAGCAAAGUCUCAGUACGCGAUAUAUAUCUCAGCCUAAGAGUGUCUAAAACUCGAAUCUAUUUUUUCAGCUGAAGUUAAAUGACACAUGAAUACAGCGGUGUUGUUUUUGUACGUUUUAAUUAAACAUUUAUGCAUAA